UUCCUCAUUGAGACUCAUACCCACUUAGUGUCUGGUCACCUCUGGGUUUUAGUCAUUAUGUUGUUUCUCUUGAAGGUGUUGCUCUGACCGUUCCCAUGAGGGGAAUUACACAUCUGCUGCUCCUGGCAGCAUUUGUGCUCCUGGGAAGAUGUCAGCAAAAGCCAAAUGUUAUUAUCUCCCCCAAACUCAAGGAGAUCUUCCCGGGGGACUUGUUUUAUCUGAAAUGUUCAGGUAAAAGCAAGGUGAGUUGGUACUUCGACGGCAAAGAUCAACCUUUACUGACAAGCGACACCUGGAAGAUAGGAGUGGCUGCCCCCAAACACUCAGGCUCUUAUCAAUGUGAGAGCAAUGGGCAAAAGAGUGACGCUUUGCCCAUCAAAGUCAUGGAUUACGUUCCCAUUGCAUCACUCACCAUCAAGACAGGCCAUCCAGUGGUGCGGCGCGGAGAUUCGGUUCGUCUGCAGCUUUACAAUGAGGAUGGUCUUCAGGGGUGGAUGUGCUGGGUCUAUAGGGGAGAGAAGUCAAACAAGAUUAAGUUGAAGAUUAAAAACAGCGACAGUGUGAGUGUGGACUUUCAGGUUAAUAGACUGAUGGUCCCAGAGACCAUUUACUGGUGUAGUAAUGAUACUCAACGCAGAAGUAACCAAAUCACACUCAGGACCUCAGAUAAGGAUAUCUCGCUGGAGAUGUAUCCUCUGCCUGCUGUAGUUGGGGAGACUCUGACCCUGAAGUGCCUGGCCUGGGGUACAAAUAAAAUCCGCCACACCAAUUUCUACAAAGGCAGUGACAUCCUUUCGAGUAGCGCCAGUACUACCCACACAAUCUCUAACGUGACAGAAUCUGCAAUGGGAAGAUAUAGGUGUCGGGCCACCUUCACGUACAUAAGAGAACCUGCCGGCGGCCCAUACCAAGAGACCUCUGAUGAUCAAGAUGUGUUUGUCCAAGUGCCUCCUUUAAUGAGGGCUUUUCUCUCUUCUGGCAUGUUAUGUUCUUGUCCACAUUGCCCCGAUUUACACUCCUACCAUUGGUAUAAACUUGACGAUCAGCAAUGGGCAGCUAUUGGUUCCAGCCCACCGAAAUCAAGCGGUACCUAUGCAUGUAGAGCUGUGUGGAACAUCGGGAGGUCUUCUCUCAGCAACGUCUACAUCUAUCAACCUCCAAUCAUGAUCAUUUUACUCUGUGUGGCGGCCGGACUGGGAUGUAUUUUAGUAGCUGUGGUCUUGUUUAGAUAUUUUAGGAAGAGAACAGGAGCAAUUUACGAGGAUUUGCCACUGAGGUCAGCAGAUGAGAAAUACGAGAUGCUGCAGAAGGGUGCCCAAAGGGAGGGCGAGUACGACCUCCUCCAGACAGAAGCAACAGGUGGACAGAGGAGAACGGAGGAAUAUGAGGCACUGAAUAAGGAUGAAAUGAAAGGGGGGGUGUACCACACUGUGAAAAUUGAGGGUGCAGUAGGAGCAGAGGGAGGGUAUGAAGCACUGAAGAAAGAGGGAAUGACAGGGGGGGAGUACCACACUGUUAAAAUAAAGGGGGAAGUUGGAGCAGAAGGAGGAUAUGAGGCACUGAAGAAAGAGGGAAUGAAAGGGGGGGAGUACCAAACGCUGGGAAUGGAGGGGGCAGCUGGAGGAGAGGGAGGGUAUGAGGCACUGAAGAAAGAGGGAAUGAAAGGGGGGGAGUACCAAACGCUGGGAAUGGAGGGCACAGGUGGAGGUGAGUUAGGAAGAAGGACAAAGACUGAGAAUAUGAGAUAGUGAGGGAGAAGGAGGACAAGGCAGAGAAACAAAAGACUAGACAGUGAACAGAUAGGUCUCUGUAGCUUCAAUCAUCCUUUUCAAAGUCAGGUAAUGUCUUGGUCAUGAUGUUAAAAUGAUUUUACUAAACCAAAAUUACAGUGCUGUAUGGGGAAUGUAAAUAGAUGAAGGUGGCUUUGGCUCAUGGAUUCUGAAAGAAGAAUAUUGGCACACUGUAAAAAAAAAAAAGCUUGUGAUUUGUAUAAAAUAAUUUAGAUAUUAAAGUUAUAGAAAUGCUUUGAAAUAAGGUUUUGAGAUUACCUAUAUAAUUGACAGGGAGAAAAUAAGGUUGAUUAUAUUGUGAAUAUAAGAAGGAUUGCUUUAUCAAACUAUUUCAGCUAUGCAGUAUGCUUAUAUUUCUUUGCAAAGCCACAUAGUUUCCUUUGCACAAUAAGUGAGAAUGUUGUCUUGAAUUGCCUCUUUUUGAGUAACAAAUGAAUUUGCAUAAACAAUAUUUUUUGUGUUUUACUAAAAAGUGCAUUAUUGUAUAAGUUCUGCUUUAGCAUUCACAUGUAAAAUCCAUUUUAAUUUAAUUGUGUGUGUCAUCAGUUGCACUGCGCAUCUUGAGCUUCAGUGUCCUUCCUGUUGUAUUUUAUGUGCUGAAAUAAACUUGUGGUCGUACAAUUACUCCAUCAUCACAUUCAA